AAAUAUCGCCCAUUUAAUUCCAAUAUUUUAUUCUAGAAAGGCAGCGUUCCCUGUUCCCACUGGUUUGCCUAUGUUCAAAACCAAAACAAAAGCAUCAAUUUUCUCACCCGUUUUUCAACCUACAAAAGGGGGGGGUUGAUCUUUUCUUCUGAUCAUGGCUUCAAUGUUGAGCUCUCAAGGAAUGGUGCUUGCAACAGCUAUGGCAGUCUCAGGCACUGUAAUUCUUCUCGCUUUUCGAUAUCAGAAAUCUUUCCCUCUCCCCCAUCCUUCACAACAAGUUCUUCGCUCCUGCAUAUCUUCUGAAGGGAGGAAAAGGGAGAAGAAAAAGAAGAAGAAAGUGCACUUUGCAGAAGAUGUGAUGGAGCCCAGAGGCGAUGGAUUACAGUUGAAGAAUCACGUUAGAAUAUUUAGAAAUAAUUCUUCAUCAAAGUUGAAGAAAUUUGGUGGUGAUGGUGGUAAACAUGGAGGAGAAAUGCCUGCGAACAGAGUUGCUCUUUACAAUGGAAUUCUAAGGGAUCGUGGUGUUCAACGAUUGGCUUAUUCUUACUGAGAAAAAUGAAAGAAAGAUAGGGGUUUUUAAAAUUUUUAUUUCCUGUACAAUCAUAAUUGUUUUUCUUUUUAACUACAGUUUGUGCGAGUGUUCUGUAAUUUUGUAAUUAGUAUAGUAUUUUCUUUUGUAAAAGUUGUAUUGAUUAAGAAAAA